AAAAUGCAUCGGGUCAACAAAUUAUUUUUAAAUUUAUAAAUCAAAAUCCGUUCGUUUUGUGGAUUGGAAUUGCGACAAACACACAAAUGUGUACGGUAUUUUUGUAUCGCGACAAUGCGAUUCAUUUAAAAAGUAUAUUCGCCAGCUAACGAAAUCAAAAUACGAACAUAACACACACAUAUAAUGGCACUAAAAUCCAUACACAACCAUGUUCCAUGCAUGCCGCCAUGACUGUGACAACACCAGAAAAUAUUAUACACACACAUACAUAUCGUCUACAUAUACGCGAACGCGAGCCCGUACAAAUACACAUAUGCUCGCACACUCACACACACUUCCAUGUAUUAUGAACGCAACACACGACAAGAGAAGGAAAAAAAUCAACACAAAAAAUCGCUCAUAGACGAAUGGAUUUUGAUGUUGCUCGCGCAUUGGCGAGAAGAAUAGAAUAGAGGCAGUCAGUUCUUUCGUAUUUGGUUUUGAAAAUACACUUCACGAAGAAUAAAAAAAAAAUAAAAAAAAUAAAACACACACAGAAAGUGAAGGAAAAAGAAAUACGAAGAACGAAUUUGGCACAUCAAAAUAAUAGAGGAACAAGAAAAAGAAAUAUAUUCCAAAAAAAUCUCCAUCUACAGAGAAUGCAGAGUGUGAAAUAUUAAAUGAAGAGUGUGUGCAAAAGAGUGAAGUAAGAAGGACCAGCCAAAAGGGAAACACGCCGAAACCUGAACAUAUAUAAUUUCUGUGUGUGAACGAGUGAAGAUUUUUAAGGAAAAAAAUAAACAUUCGCAAACACGAUAGAAGAAAUUCGUAUAUAUAUCAUCACUACAACGAACUAAAUAGAUUCUCCAUCAAUGUGUAGGAUAAUAAUUAAAAGUGUUCAGAAUGCAUUUGUGUGUGGAAUUUUGGCGAAGUAAAUCGAGGAUGGUGUGAUGCCAAAUAAAAUCCGGUAGCUAUAUCGAUAUCGGAGCCCACGCGCAACAACACCACAACACAUCGUGUGUGCGAAGAAGAUUUUUGUUUCACUCUUUAGUGUUAUAACGCCACUGUGUAUAUCAACACUUCCAAAUAACAAAACACGCACGCCAGCCAGCCAGCCAACCAGCCACCAAGCACAACAUUGAAAAACAACAAAAAAAAACCAAUAUCGAUCCAGAUAAAUAAGAAACCAUACAGACGAAACAACAAUUGAUUGCGUGAUUAUUUGUCGUUCUCUGCCUAUUAAUUUCGUCGUGUGUUCGGUUAUAUUUUUUUUACAAACUUAUUUUUUGAUUUGCAAUUUAAAUAAAUUUGCACACACAUACACGAGUGUGCGUUUAAUAAAACGUCUGAAAUCACAGAAAUUAAGAUAGAUAGACAAAACCGAUGAGAGAGAGGGAGCGAAAAAAUAGCAACAGCAGAUUCAUUGUAAUGAAUGAUCGCGGAACCGACUACAAAUCACAUGUAUGAACAGCACAAACAAGAUCAGACGAAUUCAUGCAACAGAGAGCAAUUAGAUCGCAGUUUAAAAGCAGCGAAAACGACACAUAUGAAUCGAUUUGCGAAGCGUAUUUUUUAUUGAUUUAAAAUUUGAUCUCGAUAGCCAUUUAAAGCAUUACCCAUCUAAAACAACAAUUGUAUCGUAAUCAUAAGGAAUUUUAACAAAACAACAAAUCAUAACCCACACACGCACAUAUACCAAUCGACAUCCCACAUUUCAAUCACGAAAAACCGAAACGACGUCCAAAAAAAAGUUUAGUCGCAAACUGUUGUGUGUGUGUGUGUGCACAUACGAGCGACCAUCUUUCACUCUCUAUCUCUCUGGAAAUCUAUACCCGCUACAGUUUCGCACUGUAUUUUUAGUGAAAUAAAAUGGUUGGCAGUGCAAAAUCUGAGCAACAAAAGCUUCCACAACAAUAUUUACCAUUCGUAAUUGGCACAACCGAAACAGCAUUGAAUUCGUCCAUUACAAACAAUCAAACGCAUCAGCCACAUCAGCAGCCACAAUCACAGCAACAACCAAAAGAUACAACAACAAAAUGGACGGCAACAUCAACAGUGCCAGAAACAACGGUCACUGCAUCGGCUGUGGUCACAAAAACAUCAACUUCCAGUGAACAAGAGCAAACAAAAACAUCAAAAGCGAAUAGCAUUACAACACAAGCCUCAUCACUUGUUUCACCGACACCCAUUAGUUUAAACAGCAAUAGUAGCAUCACAUCGGCUUUGCAACAGAGCCAUCGCAGCAUCAUCACAUCAAGCCAAAUGAAAUGUAUCAGUGAUGAAAAGCCAAAGCCAUUGGUUGCGUCGCCAACACAAGUGAUGAUUUUGUAUAUGAAUCGCCUAACGCCAUACGAACACCAUGAGAUAUUUAAAUACCCGCAAAUUUAUUUUAUUGGAGCCAAUGCUAAAAAACGUCCCGGCAUCGUUGGCCCAAAUAAUUCCGAUUAUGACAAUGAACAAGGUUCAUACAUUCAUACACCACACGAUCACAUUGCCUAUCGGUACGAAGUACUAAAGAUCAUUGGCAAAGGUUCGUUUGGUCAAGUGGUAAAGGCAUACGAUCACAAAACUCACGAGCAUGUUGCAUUGAAAAUGGUACGCAAUGAAAAGCGAUUUCAUCGUCAGGCACAAGAGGAGAUUCGCAUUUUAUCGCAUUUACGUAAACACGACAAAGACAAUUCAAUGAAUAUUAUUCAUAUGUAUGAUUAUUUUACAUUUCGUAAUCAUAUGUGCAUCACAUUUGAAUUGCUCUACAUCAAUUUAUAUGAACUAAUAAAAAAGAAUAAAUUUCAAGGGUUUAGUUUACAAUUAGUACGAAAAUUUGCACAUUCGCUGCUGCAAUGCUUGGACGCAUUAUCUAAAAAUAAAAUUAUUCAUUGUGAUAUGAAACCAGAAAACGUUUUGCUGAAACAACAAGGCCGAUCUGGCAUUAAGGUGAUUGACUUUGGAUCGUCAUGUUAUGAAAAUCAACGUGUUUACACGUAUAUACAAUCUCGUUUUUAUCGUGCACCCGAAGUGAUAUUGGGCGCUAAAUACGGAAUGCCAAUUGAUAUGUGGUCAUUGGGUUGUAUAUUAGCUGAACUAUUAACUGGUUAUGCAUUAUUUCCGGGUGAAGAUGAAAACGAUCAAUUGGCUUGUAUAAUUGAAUUGUUGGGAAUGCCACCGCAAAAAUUGCUGGACCAAUCAAAGCGAACGAAAAAUUUCUUUUCAGCUAAAGGUUAUCCGCGUUAUUGUACAGUUGAAACAUUGGACGAUGGUCGAGUGAUAUUGGGCGCAGGAAUAUCACGUCAAGGUAAAGAGCGGGGACGGCCCGGUUCGAAAAGUUUACGCAAAGCGUUAAAAGGAUGCGAUGAUCCAUUGUUUAUGAAUUUUUUGUGCGGUUGCCUUGAAUGGGAUCCAGAAUAUCGAAUGACACCGGCAGCCGCAUUGAAACAUUCAUGGUUUCGACGACGAUUACCAAAACCACCACCACAACAAAUAACACCAUCAUCCACAUCGAAUACCGUCACGGAAUCAAAUACAAGUGGAGGAGGUGGCAGUGCCACACCAACAUUAACCAAAAUUACAGCAACCACAACAACAACUGCAGCCAUUGCUGCAACAACAACCACAUCAAUCAAUACAACAACGAGAUCGAAUAACAAAGAAUUAGCCAUCAAUGAUGUUAGCCAAUCUGAAUCAAAUUUAGCUUCGUGUGCGGCAACAUCAUAGCAUUUUCUAUAGUAGUACAUUGUCAAAUAUUCAAUGUGCAGUAACGCUCGCCCGCCCCCAAUCGAUACAACAACAACAACAACACCAACACAAAUUUAUUACCUAUAAAUCACCAGUCGAAUGCCGAUACAAUUCAAAUACGGCGAAUACAUAGUGCAUUCGAUUUGGAUGAUUUUGAAAGAGAAUUCUGUCGAGAAAGAAAUUCACACAAAUCGAAAUCUCAAACAAAAAAAAACAACAACACCAAAUUAAUAACAAAAUGAACACAACAUUCGUAAAGCCUAAAAGUGUACGGGUGAGACUUGAAACGAGUGCAUCCAUUGUCAUUUAUCGAGAUGAAAUGGCAGUCAUUUAAUUCGCUUCUCAGACGUUAUCUUGCGUUUAACGAGCAAUGCACUUUUAAAUAAUGAGGAUUUGACACGUAGUUUCGUUUCGUUUCGUUUUAUUUUUUCGUUUCAAAUUUAAAACGCUUGAACGGCACUUCAAUCGUCUCGAUUUACGACGGUUCAUAAAAAUAGAAUUGAUGGCUGAAUUUCAAAUCAAAUUAAGAUUUUUGCAAUUGCAUUCGAUGAUGACUGAACAGUGUUUUUAGUGCAUUUUUAUGGGACACUAGUUUCCAUAGAACAUUUAUAAUGAGAUAAUGCAAACGAUCAACAGAUUAAGGGCUUUCCAUAUUACAAAUUGUUGAUUAACUGACUUGUGGAAUUGUUGCAUUUUCACAAAAAAAAACAAUCAUUUUUUUUUCUUCUGUUGUAUGACUGUUUUUCAAUGGCUUAAAUCAAAAGCGAACGGAUGACGAUGUAUUUCAAUAUAAUAGAAAUAGAUAGAGAGAGAGAGACAGAGCUGGCUGAAUGACGAUGAAAAUGAAAAUCGUAGAAUUUUUAUCCAAUAUUCCAAUGAUGAUAAGCUACUAUAACGUACUAUAAAAAAGUAGAAGAAAUGAAGUGAAAACACACACACACACACUUAAUCAAUUUAUUAUUGAAAAUUAUCGUUUUGUGAUCCGACUAUUAACUCUCAUCAUACAUAAACAUGAGAUACAAAUGAACAAAGAUAACAAGAGAACUACUUUCAUUUUCACAUCAAAUAGAGUUGCAAAAAAAGAAGAUACAAGUGUCAUCAUUUUGCUCAUUUUACAUAAUACUUUAACGAUACACACGGCAACGUCAUAACUUUACUGUCACUGUGAAUCUUUAUUAUUCACAUUGCAGAAAUACUGAAUAAGAGUGAAUUGUUCUAUAUAGCGUUUGUUUUCAUUUGACACGUUUUUACAAAUUUGCUGAUUAUUAUUAUUUUCUCAAAUGUUCUUCAAAUAGCACAAACCGAAACCACAAAAACAACAAAAAAAAUUAUAUAAAAUAUAAAAAGAAUGAAGAAAGGAGAAAGAGAAAAAGAAGGAGAGAGAGAGGUGAGCAGAGAAAGAAAAGACUCAUGCAUAAAAGCGUGUAUGUAGGUUGCUAACUUUGACGGGGUAGUUCGACGAGUUUCCAGAUAAAAAAGCUUUAAAAUUGUUUUUUUUUUUUUUUAGUUUCUAGAACAAAAAUGUGUCUUCAUAAGAAAUUUAUUUUUUAUCUAGUCCAAAAUUCGAUUUUUAGAAAAUCAAAAUGCAAAAAUUGUUCCAAUUCUUAGAUAGAUUUGAUUAAGUCUUCAAAGCGCAUGUAUUUCGAAAUGACCGACAAAGUUUUAAACUAUGCACACAAAAUAGUGUCGCUCACUCUCUCUCUGUCCCUCUCGCUCUCUUGCUGCUAUGUUUUAAUAAAAAUCUAAAUGGGAUGCAUGUUAUUGUACACAAUUUUAAUACUCUAUUAAUUCAUAAGAAUCAAUAAAAAAAAACAAUUCCAAUUACAUAAAACCGACCGAGUAACAGAAGACCCUUUACAAAUGAAGAAGUCGUGAUAUGAAAUACACCCAUUUGAAGUGUUAGACCAAUGCAUCGGGACAAAGACUAAAUGCAAGAAACUACAAACAAAAUAACAAAGUUAGAUAUCGAAAUGGCAUUUGCUAUAAAGAAGACAGAAACAAAUAUUAACCUGUAAUAAAUGUGUUUAAAUGAGAUUAUAAUUGUCGUUGGAUGAGAUGAAGAGCUUCACCGUAUCAAAUCUAUAUAUCUGGCCACUGUCACACUUUACUCACUCAAUCACACCCGCUUUAUUCAUUUCUGCAAACGCAUCAAUCAAAAGCGCUCAAAUAAAAUCCAUUUGUGUUCUCUUUAUAUUCGAUUUUUUGACAAGAAAAAUAGACACGUUUUUUUUGUAUUCUUUUUUUUUAAUAUAUAGUUUUUUUUGUGUUCAAUUGAACUGAAAGAAAAAAAUGCACAUGCAAAUUAAAAGCAUACACCAUAUUGGCUCUAUUUAAUAUUGCUUUGUAAUUAAACGGAAUUCCCAUCGUUUGACGAAAAAUAAAGCACACAUGAAACGGAUCAUCAAAUUGAGUUAUCGAUCGCGCCAAAAAAAAAUAUCCUUCUUCAUGGCCAAUACCAUGAAUACCACUAUACGAUAAAAUGUGGGCUAAUUAGAAAUUAGGCGCACACCAUUUCGUGGCGGAAUAAUGAAUAAAAAUUUGCAUAAACAAAUAUAGCAAAUAGUUUUAUCCGAGAGACAAAAACAGUAAAAAAAUCACAAACACUAUGCUAUAACUCUAUAUUAAUUAGAUGCGGAUGAUGUAAAUUCAAUAUAAAAGAAACAAAAAUAUUUAAAUUCUAUGAUUUUAUCACGUUAAUCACACAUCACAUUUUAAAGAUGAAAAAAAAAAAUGAAAGAAAACAACAUCAACAAAAACAAACAAAUAUUUCACCUUUUUUGUGACGGAUCGAAUUAGACUUAGUCAAAAUAAUGAAGAUGAUGAUGUGAUGCAUAUGAAGACGAAUUAGAAGAACGAAAAUACACACAAAAUAAACAACAAAAAUCUACAAUUUAAAUGAAAACAAAAAAAAUAUAGUUCGUUUUAUAGAAUAAUUUGUAAUAACUGUCUUACGUAGCGUUUCAACAAAUGCAAAUUUAAAAGGAGGAAACACUUAGAACGAAUGUAAUAGAUACGAUCGAUGACCGAAGAGUUUCAAUGAUGAUGAACAAAACUGUUGAAUUAAAGUGAUUUAAAAAUUAAUCGAA